ACACCAUGACGAUCCUGAUCCUCCGUGGAGCCGUGGAGGGCGUGGCAAAGACGCGUUUCUAGUAGGCUCGAGACUUGGCCCGCCGGCAGAACUCGUCUAGCCCGCGGCCGAUCUCCUCCAUCCCCUCGCCGCGCUCCAACCCGGAGACGAGACUGCGCUCGGUCGACCACCACCUGGGGGCCUAGCGUCCUCGCGAGUCGCGACCAGCUCCGGCGCGGCGUCCGUCCUCUGCAGCCCCGGUGUCGCCGCGACCGUCGCUGCUGUCCUACUUCGGCACUCGACACCUUGGCCGGCGACGAGCACCACCACGACACCAGGUAAGGUGCUGGAACAGAAGAUGCAAGGGGGAAGAGGUGGGAGGCAGGGCUUGUUCGGGGACCCUUUUGCUGGUUUCGGCGGCUUUGGACAGCCAGGGAGCCUUAUGCCUGGUUUCUUUGGUGGCGCAAAUCCCUUUGACGACCCUUUCUUCACCAACCCCUUUGGUAGCAUGAUGCAACCUAGUUUCUCAACCCCUUUCAGCGGCAUGAUGCAACCUAGCUUCAUGAACCCCUUUGGUAGCAUGAUGCAACCUAGCUUGCUUGGACCGAGUAUGUUUGCGCCCCAUGGCAAUCUCAAUGGAGGCAUGUUUGGAAGCCAGACACAUCUCAGUCAAGGCAUGAGCAAUGCCAGUGGUUUCAUUCAGCAGGCCCCUGAACCAAGCAGGCCUAAAGGGCCAAUUAUCAAGGAGUUGUCUUCAGAUGACGAGGAUGAUGCAGACGAUGAUAAAGAAGAUGAGAAGAAGAAUGGUAACUUUAGGAAGCAUCCAAGGGAAAGCAAAGAGCCGUAUGUGGAGGACCCAGAUGAAGAAGUAGAAGAUAAUAAAAGACCUAAGCAUGGACAAUUUGGGAGGGAGUUCAGCAGAGCUAGCACAUCACGUCCACAGCCUCAGACAUUUAUGUUUCAGAGUUCAACUGUUACAUAUGGUGGUCCAAAUGGAGCCUGUUAUACAUCUUCAACGACUAGGAGGACUGGUGCAGAUGGAACUACACUGGAAGAAAGUAAGGAGGCUAACACAACUACUGGUAAAGCAACUCACAGGAUUUCACGUGGCAUUGGCACUAAGGGUCACUCACUAACAAGAAAUCUUAAUUCUGAUGGACAUGUGAACACCCUUCAAACUUUACACAACUUGAAUGAAGAUGAGCUUGCUGGGUUUGAGGAAUCGUGGCAAAGAAAUGCCAGGGAGAAUAUGCCUGGCUGGGAUCCUAGGAUGAACAUGCUUGGCAACGGAAAUGUUCACUCUAACUUCCGAGAUGUGAAUCAAAUGCCUGCACUUCCAGCUCCUGAUCCAUCCCGUGGCAUGAAUUCUUCAUGGAACUUUCAGAAUGGCUCUUCCAUGGGUCGUGCGCCCCGCACAUGAGUUCCUCUGUAGCAUAUGCAGGAUCACAGUGCUCAGUACCGGUGACUUCUGCUAUUUUGCAAAAAAAAAGUUGUUGUAAAACCUGAGCUCUCUUUUGGGGGGGGGGGGGGGACUGUAGCUUGUGACAGUUCUAAUAGUCAGGAGCUUCACUCGAGGCAACCGAAAGUCAGAAGCUUUCCUUAGUUUCAGUAGUUCUAUACUAGUGCUCCAUUAGUCCAAUAACAGUAGUUUAGUGCUGCCUGAGACGCAAUUAAAAUCUGUUUGGAUGGGGAGGAUUAAUUCUUGGGAACUUUACUGACUUUGGUGAAAUCUGAAGAAAAGGAAUCAUCCCUGAUCUUACCCAUCAGGUGUUGCUGGUGUA